AAAUUGUCCCGAACAACGCCAGCAGAGAAAUAAGGCUUGCGGCCAUACUUUCCAUACAAAAUGGCAGAGGCCGCUAUGGUCAUUCAACUCAUCCAGUUCAGCGGCAUGGUUCUCACCUGCUGCUACGAAUACAUCGAGAAGGCUAAAAAGGCACCAAAAGAAAUCCGAAAUGCUAUCGAUGACACUAAUAGCAUUAAAAACCUCCUCGAACGACUUCAAUGCAUUUCCAACAACCGCAACCCUGACCGCUUCGUCAUCCUCAAGUCUUUGAACGCUGAGAAUGGCCCGUUUCAGGCCUACUCAAGUGCGCUUGCGGAACUAGAUGAGAAACUCAAGAUGCUGACGGAUGCGUCGACUAUGCGCCGACACUUGCAAUGGGCACUUGAGGCGAAAGGUAUCGAGAAGAUACUAGAGAGGCUAGAGAAGCUGAAGAGCGUGUUCUAUACGGCGUUAGCUGGCGAUGCAGCGACUCAGACGGUCUUGAUACAUGAUACGAUGGAGGAGGUUAGAAAAACAGUUCAGGAAAUGAAGGCGGCCGAGGAGAAGGCUAGGAUCCUAAUGUGGCUUGAUGGACCGGAUCCAUUGAGCAACCACGACAGCGCCAAGUCUAAGAGAGAUCUGGGAACUUGUGAAUGGUUAGUUGAUUCGGAAAAUUUCACGUCUUGGUUCAACACAUCGGCUACUAGUCAACUCCUGUGGCUCCAUGCCUUCCCAGGGGCUGGCAAAACAAUCCUCUGUUCAGCAGUCAUUGAGCAUCUCCGCUCCAAGCAACUCAGUGUAGACUGCGCCGUCAUCUACUACUACUUUGAUUUCCGCAACGCUUCCCGACAAACAUACACUAGUUUCCUUCGAUCACUCAUCUGUCAGAUUUGUGCUAGAACGAAGGCAGUACCGAAGCCAGUAGUCAAGCUGUACGAUGCAUGCAACGGAGCUGCGCCUGGUUCAGAACAACUUUUUGGACUUCUCAAAGACCUCCUUAAGAAAGAGCUAAGAGCCUUUUUGAUCAUCGAUGCCCUCGAUGAAUGCCCAGAAUCUGAAGGUCAUGAGCGUAAACAGGUACUUGCUGCUCUGGUCGAAAUAAAAGCCCUCAAGGCUUCUAACUUGAGCGUCUUUGUCGCAAGUCGACCCGAAGUGGAUAUUAAACAGGCCAUGGAGGAGAUUUGCGACAUUGACAUCGACAUUCAUGCUAGUUUGACAAAUGAGGACAUCCGCUUACACAUCCAAGCGCAAAUGAUGAAAUAUCCCAGGCUUAAAAGGCUGGAGCAAAGCAUCAAAAACGAGAUUGAAGAAAAGCUUAUGAAGGAUGCUGGCGGAUCAUUUCUCUGGGUUGCCUGCCAACUCGAAGAAGUUCGGCAAUGUUCAAAACCAGCUAGAAUCCUUGAUCAGCUCAAUAACCCACCAAAAGACUUGGAUACUACGUAUUCUCGUAUCCUCAGCAAUGUGCCAGAAAUGUACCACUGCGAGCUACGAACCAUCCUCAUGCUUUUGUCAUUCUCUACCCGACCCAUGACUAUUCAAGAAGUUGCGGAAGCUACGGCUGUCGACCUGAAAAAACAGUCCUUCACAACGAAGAACAGAUUCGGAGAUCCAUCCGAUCUUUUGGAAUUUUGUUCGAGCUUGGUGUCGCUGGAUCAUAAAAUUAUCCAGUUCGCGCAUUUCUCGGUCAAGGAGUAUUUACUAGCGUCCCGAACGAAGGAGUCGAUACCCACUCCGUUUCUAUUCAACGACCAUUUAAGUCACAGCCAGAUCACGCAGAUGUGCCUGAUCUACCUGCUUGAUUUCAACGGUGGCAAGAAGAUUGUUCGGAACCACGACUCUGAGUUUCCAUUCCUCGGAUACGCCGCUCUUCACUGGGCUACGCACCUGACGCAGGUGAAAGAAACGGAACGAGAUGCCAUCGAAGCGCUUCUUAUGCGUGUUUUCGAUCCAGAAAAUGACAACCACUUGAUCAACCUCCUCAAUCUAUGUAAUCCAGACGGCGCCAAACAAGUGACCAUGCAGCCAAAUAGCCGCACGACUAGGGACUUCAAGCCGGCGCUAUAUUACGCUUCGUACUAUGGACUGAGCCCUAUCGUCAAGCUGCUCUUGAAGCACGGAGCAGAUAUAAACUGCUCCAGCAACGACUUCUACGGCACUCCGCUCAAAGGAGCGAUACAGUCAAAGCAGCCGGAGGUACUGGAAUUUGUUCUCCGUAAAGGUGCCAAUAUCCAUGACCGCGGUGGACGUGGGAAAUUCCCUGUUGAUUUGGCGAUUUUCUCUGGGAAUGUUAAUGCUGCAGAAAGACUCAUUGAACUCGGAGCGAAGUUCGGAGAGUCUGCUCUGGAAGAGGCUUUGAAUUCCAGUCGCAAAGAGUAUUUGGCGAAGAUCUUGUUAGAUCGAGGCGCGGACCCAAACGCCGAACACAAAGAAUAUGGUAGUAUCUUGCAGUUUGCAACAAUGUGGAGCUCGCCAAAAUGCGUUGAAUGGCUUCUUGAAGCCGGAGCAGACCCUAAAGGUGUACCGGACGGUGAGUAUGGCACCCC